AUGAAGCAAAAAAAAGAGCCCAAAAAGACCUCGAAUGGCGGUGUUGGUGGUGAUUUGUUGAAUGAGAAGAUGGUGAGGUACAUGGAGUGUAGGAAGAACCAUGCAGCGAAUAUCGGUGGGUACGCGGUGGAUGGUUGUAGGGAGUUCAUGCCUGCUGGGGAGGAAGGGACCAGCGCGGGUUUCAAGUGCGCGGCUUGUAAUUGUCAUAGGAAUUUCCAUAGGAUGGAGUCGGCAGAGAACGAUUACUACUCGAACUUCCUCAAGUCACAGUACAGCUACCCCAACCUAGCUACACUUCGUGCCGUGCUGCGAUAUCCAAACCGAAGUUGGGCCGAGCUAUUGAAUUUCCAGCCGACUUAUCGAUACAGUGGCAAGCGAAAGACCAAGGUAACUGAUUUCUUGUUGCAGGCUUCGCCUGAACCGGACCCAACCUUGCCCCAAGUCAGAUUAAUCCCUUUAACUGCUAAGCAAGAGAUGGCCAAGAAGAGAGCCAUGCGAGCCCUUCUAACUGAAACAAAUCUGACCGAGGUACCGCCAGCUGGUCAAACUCAAGAAACCGUAGUAGCUCUGCCUUCUCAACAACCUUCAUCAUCUCGCUCAAAGAAGCGUGCCCGGACUACCCAAACCGAGCAACGUCUUGUUGAUGAAGAUAAAACCGUGGUUCCUCAAACCACUCUGCCAAGCCCUCCACUGAGCCCACAACCGGAGUGCCCUGACUGA